UUAUGCUGAGUUAUUUUUAUAAUAUGUGUUUGUAUGUUAAAAAUACAGACAUUAUAGGGCACUUGAAAUCAAAAUCCAAGUUUCAGAAAAGCAUGAUGAUUUUGUCCCACCUUUGGCUAUGUAUUUUUGCUACCCCUGACAGGGUCUUAAUGGCCAUGCAGAUACUGCAGUGAGGGAUCUAAUGUUUCCCAAAAAGAACAGGAUUUUAGGUUUCAGCUGAAUGCCUGUCCUGCACUGGCUGACCCUACUGCCCACAUAACUAAACACUAUCUCUGGCUUGUGGGAGGUACUGGGAAGAUGGGAGACAAGAUGGGAAGAAAGAAGACUGCUACUCAAAUUUAUGGCAGCAGGUUUCUUGUUAACAGGUAGGUUACCAUACUUGGCAUAACACCUGUGGCACAAACCUUAGUAUUGGGAUCUUAGAGAAUUGUGUAGACUUGUAUUAGUGUAUUGUUGAUUCACAUCUCAAGUGUUAAGUGUUGCAGUAAAUGGGGUGACAUCAGGCUGGCUACCGGUCACCAGCUGGGUCCCACAGGGCUCCAUCUUAGGCCCAGUGCUCUUCAGUAUCUUCAUUAAUGACUUAGAUGCAGGACCGGAAGGGAUACUGAGGAAAUCUGCUGAUGACACUACUGUGGGAGGAGCUGUUGGCUCCCUCAAAGGCAGAGAGGCUUUGCAGAGAGACCUCAACAGAUUACAGAGAUGAGCCAUCACCAUCUGAAGUUCAAGAGACACAAGUGCUGGAUUCUGCAUGGGAUGGGGCUACCCUGGAUGUAGCGACAGGCCGAGGAAUGGGAUACUGGAAAGCAGUGCUGCAGAAAGAGACCUGGGAGUCCUGGUGGAUGGCAAGUUAAAUAUGAGCCAGCAGUGCCGUGGCAGCCAGGAGCUGUCCUGGGGUGCAUCAGACAGCAUUGCCAGCCGGGCAAGGGAGGGGAUUGUCCCACUCUGGGGCAGCCUCACCUCAAGUGCUAGGGGCUACUUUGGGCACCACAAAAAAGAUAAAGAUACUUUUAGUUAGUAAAAGAACUAAAAGAUCCUUUCAGAUAGAUAAAGAACUUUUAGAUAGUGUCCAAAGGAGGGUAAGGAAGCUGGUGAAGGGCCUUGAGGGGCAGCCAUAUGAGGAGCGGCUGAGGUCAGCAGACAGGCUGUGGCCUGUUCAGUCUGGAGCAGGGGAGACUGAGGGGACACCUCAUUGUGGUCUUCAACAUUCUCACAAGGGGAAGUGGAAGAGCAGGGGCUCAUGUCUUGUGACCAGUGACAGGACCCAAGGGAACAGCAUGAAGCUGUAUCACAAGGGGUCUAGGUUUGCUGUUAGGAAAUAGUUUUCAACCACAGGGUGGUUGAGCACUGUGAUUAGCUCAGUUGGUUAAAGCAGGGGCUAAUUAUACCAGGGUGUGGGUUCAGUCCCUGGAUGGGCCGUUCAUUUAAGAGUUGGAUUUGAUGGUCCCUUCCAGGUCUGUUCCAGCUCAGAAUAUUCUGUGAUUCUUUUGAAAGCUUUUGUUUAGAGAUUUAAUCUUAUAAAUCCCAAUUAAAAUAUCCAAACUACAGGUUUCCUUUUACUGAUGUUUUUUUAAAGACCAUUAGUAACAUUCCUGCAAGUUUAAAGACAGGAAUAUAGCUGUAUCACAAAAAUCUGCAGUUUAAUAAGAAUUUGUAUAUGCACUGCUUACAUUACACAGCAUAUUUGGUCAUAGCUGUUUUUUCAUAGUUUUUAGGCUUAUAAAUUUACUUGUGACAUCAUUAUUAUAAAUAAUUAAUUACGAAUUUAUAUAAUGUUUUAUGCAGUGGUAUUGGGUGGUAGGUCAAUAGAAGAGAAAACCAGUAUUCCCAAGGUAUUCACUCCAGAAACGAUUUUCACUGCAUACUUUAGCAUUGCGUUUUCCCCCUCCAACUAUUAUUAUAAUUACAGAAAUAUUUAGAUUUUGUAAACUUAAAAAGUGAGAAAUAUUUAGUUCCAUUGUUUGGUUUUGAAGGAUUUUUCAGUCUUGACCAAGGUAGAAACUGGUCUUUUCCUAAGUAAAACCACUAGAUGGCAUUCCAGAAGAGGACUUUGCUAAAGUUAAUAAACACAAUUUUCACAUGAGAAAUAUUAAGGGAUUACAGACUUGAAUGAGCACCAACACUGUCACAUGAAAAAUUAAAAUUAAUGGAUUUCAGUAGUAAGUAUUAAGCUGACAUGAGAGGAAUCAAAAUAAAAUAAAUUAAAAGAAAGAAAAAAAAACCACAACAAAGUCUAGUAUAAAUUACAGUGGCAUGAAAUAUUGGAGGUGGAGGGCAAGGAAAGUUGCCAGAAUAUGGUAGCAACUAUUGGAAUUCAUUCUACUCUUCCUUAACUGAGACAUCUUGUUCAAUUUUCUCUACUUCUAAAGAUGUAUUUGUCAUGUGAUUUAAAACAGCUCUCUUAUAAACUCAAUCAUUGUGCUCCAGGGGAGAGGAAGUUUUUUUCAUGGCCCACUUCUACUGAAAUUUGAUAUAUGGCCUUUUAAAACUCAGUUUCAAAGAUAAAAGCAUACACUCCUCUUCCUUUCACAAAUGUACAUCUGUGUCCUCCAUACAGGUCCUAAUUUAUUCCAAGAGGAAUAUGAUAGCAAGGUAUAAUUUGAAGGCUAAUGUUUUUGCUUGAUUUUUCUCUUCUAAUUGUUGGAAAUACAUGAUGGUGCAAAUAAUUUUAUAAUCUGUUGUAAUAUGGUAAGGUAAAUCACUGCAAGCUUUAGUUAACAAACUUUAGAUCUUUAAAACACUUUUAGAUCAUCUGAUUGAAGUCAUGUGAAUAAAAAAGCAGCUUAUCUGCAAGGAUGUGGCCUAGCAGAGACAGAGCCUGUUACAACUGGAAAAGAACUUUCCCAUCAUGAGAGCAGAGCAAGUACUGAGGUUUUGCCAUUCCUAACCUGCCAUCAGUGCUGCUUAAGCUAUCCCAAGUGGCUGUGUUCUGAACCUGAAACCAAAACCAAUAGGAGACGAGUGAAAGCUCAUUUUUAUAACUAUUUUAAUAUUCAAAGCUUAUAUGCUAUUUCAUUAGGAAAAAAAUGAAAAGUCAUUGCAACUCAAAAAUGAACUUGAAUGUUUAAUCAACUAUGUAACAGUGAGAAAGUGGCACAAAUGACAAUAUCUUUCUAUAGGAUUAAUGGUGAUCCUAAUCCAGGAGUUCAAACAAGGUUUUAGAAAAAACAUUAGCAGUGGUAAUGGGAGAUUUCUGUUCUUUUGGUGGGAAAGGAGGCCCACGUUCAAGUGCCAAACAAUGUAUAACAAUGUCUGGGAAAUAUGGUAACAAUCAUGGCAUACAAUUAUUUGGUAUCCAUUUGAAUUCAAUAAUUGAAAUGCUUUUUUUUCAGGAUUCUCCUGGAAUUGCAAGACAGAACAAUAUUUCACGUCUGAAAGUUGUGUGAUGUGACUGUCCACUCAGUUUUCUUGUAGCAUGCUGAAAACAUUUGCAGGAGUUGUGUCAGAAAUGGCACCUCAAACACCAGGAAAUCCAAUUUCUUAUGGUUUUCAUUCUGAUUUGCAUGUCUUUAAUUUCCAGUUAACACUCUCAGUGCUCACACCACGGACCCUCCAGGGAGAACAGCACAACCCAUGUCACAGAAAGGUUAAGAGCUUGCAACUGAUGCUUUAGGAAAUGGAAGAUGUAUCAGAUGGUUUUGAAGUUGCUACAUCAGAAGGGUCAGGUGCAGAGCAAUCACCUGCAUCCUCACAAGGAAAAGCAGUCGGAGAGGCUGGGGACCCAGCAGAGAAGGCUCUGCUCCCAGAACCUGCAGGCACUGCACAGUCAGAGGAGGGCUGGGACCAGCAAUCUCCUUCUCAAAAUUCAGUACUACCAGACAAUACAGCAAAUGGGACAGAGACAGCAAGCAUGAUUGAGGAUAAUGAAAUGCCUAGGAAGAUUAGGCCUAAUUCUGAUGAAACUGUCCAGUCUGAGAAUCAGGAACAUUUCCCUGGAGAAGUCAUUCAACAGGAUUACCACAUGCCUGAUGUCCUAACUGUCAGAGUGCAAACAGGUUCGAAUUCAUUUCAAGAAGUAGUUGUAAAAGUUGAAAGACCUACCUAUAAUAAACCUUUUCUGGGUGGAUUUAGGAACGUGUCAACAGGAGUGGAAUUUCAUAAUGCAGGAUCACAAACAAAACCCAAAAAACGACCUGACAAAGGAAUUCAGUUAUUUUGUAGGGAAACACAGACGGUUGUGGAAAAAAAUAUGCAACAACAAACAAGAAAUACAACAUCGACACAGAUGACUAAAACUGGCCUUUAUGUAUCAAACAUGACUGACAAACUACUAACUCCUGGAAAGUAUUUUACAGCAGAGGAGUACCAUAAACGUAGACUUGAAGCAGUUAUAGUAUUACAGAAAUAUUUCCGUCGUUGGCAUGCUGUAAAUUUAGUACAAAAUCUGAAGGAACAAAAGUGGCUAAGAAUGGCAUGGGAGGCACAAGAAGAAUUACAGAAAAAAAGAGAGAAAGAAGAAAAAUUGAGGAGGGAAUAUGAGAAAAAACUGAAUCCUAAAACAAAUGAAGACUUUGAGCUACUGUACCAUGACUUGGAAUUAUGGAUGCAGGAGGAGACUGAGCGAAUUAACAGAACUCUUACUGGAGCUAAAAGAAAGGCAGCACUUUGUGCACUUCUGGACGAAGAGACAGAGCUCAUUGCUUGCAUUGGGAUGCACAAACUAAAUGCCAAUGUGGAGAAUCAAAAAAACGCAAUACUGCACUUUCUGGAUAAGUGUGCACAGCCUAGGAGGUGGAAAGCAUUUGAUGGAAAAAUCACUGAAAUGGAUACACCGAACUCACUCCGUGGUAAAGAACUACUUGAAAUCUACCGCAGCAUUAACACAAGGGACAUCCCAAAAGAUGAGAGAACAUCUGUGCUGUUAACACUCAAAUGGACAGUGAAGGAACAUGAAUGUAAAUUAACACAGGAAAUAGUGGCAUUAAUUGACAGGGAAAUUGAUCUUAUGUCAAGAGAGGUGAAAGAAUGCAACUUGGAAGGACUGAGGAAAAGAAUUUGUACAUUAUUUCUCCAGUACAUCAAAACUCCAGAGUUUAACCCUCAGGUUGCUGGGUUAAUUAAGGUUCCGCAAGAUCCCUUAAAGCUUUAUAAAAAUGUUUACUUCUGUCAUAGCUGUGAAAAGUACUUAGCACCUACUGAGUUUCCCCUUCCUGCAAAUUCCCGCACCAUUGGCAGAUGUCGCUCAUGUUACCGGCUUGAUAAUGAGGCUCGGAAACGAGAAGCAUAUUUCAAGUACAGACUUAUACUAGAAGAUCUCAGGAAGUCUGAAGUUGAUUAUCAGGAUGAUAGCAAAAUUGUUUUCUUAGUUCAGCUUCCAGAUAUGCAGUACCUGAUUGAGAAAAUAUGGAACUGCCAGUCAGCUCUCAGUGCCUGCAGUGACCUGUAUAAUUUGGUUAUGGUCAGGUGGGAUAAGCAGCAUGAGUGGUCUCCCUGGAACACUAUUCUCCUCACUAAAGAAGAGGCAGAUGCACAUCUUAAGCUGUGUAACCUUCAGAAGACUUAUGAAGCUCCAUUUAUUUACAGAAUAGAACAAAAGCAUAUCCGGGCAAAAAACUACUUUGCUCAGAUUCCUGCGAUGUCAUCAUUUUUGCAUAGAAGUAACAAUCAGUCGAAUGCAAAUUCCUACAAAAAACAUAGUUCUUCAACAUUAAAGAACUGAACUAAAUUCCUAGAUUUUAAAGAAAUAUACUUUUUCAUCAAUACCCUAAUUGUAUUACACGGAUCAAAAUAAAUUUCUAAGGAUAAAAUAAUUUGAUCUCAAUCAGUUAAUUUAACUGCAUUUCAAGUUUUGUAACCUCAUUAAAAAAAAAUAAAAUGUUAAAGAGCUUUGUAAAUUCUCA